AUGGAAGAACUGCCGCCUUCUUCCUCAACAAUCGACCACCACCCGCCACCUAGACCACCAGAUCCCACUACCAUUCGAACCCCCUCACCUUCCUCUUCAACCUCUAGUCAUCAUCGGGCCACGGAGUUGUUGUCGAAAACAUCCCCAAUCACCACUCAAAACCGUGCUACCAAUCACGAUUUUCGCCAUAUUUCCACCACCGUCAGCCACUAUUUCGAUUGCAGACCACCACCACUCUCCUCCUCUCAACCAGGCCCAUCCAGUACCACCAUGGGCCACCUGGGCAGACAAAACAUUAAGGUUUGUUUAGACUGUAGUCCACCGGCAUAUCAUUUUGAUACGGGAUCUGGUGCAGGAAUUAACAAUUGGUUGGUUCAUAUCGAGGGAGGAGGAUGGUGCAACAAUGUCACUACCUGCCUUGAACAUAAAGACAAUCGCUUAGUUUCCUCCAAGCAAAUGGCUAAGCAGGUUGUAUUUUCUGGGAUUUUGAGCAACAAGAUAAAGUUUAACCCAGAUUUCUAUAAUUGGAAUAGGAUAAAGGUUAGAUAUUGUCAUGGAGCAUCAUUUACUGGAUAUAGAAGCAGUGGAUAUAAUGAAAUGGCAUCAUAUAAAAAAUAUGAUCCCUUAUAUUUUCUUUUUCACUUUCUAGAAGUCGUUAGAUAUAAUGAAAUGGCAGUUUUCAAACAUAUAGUGAAUUUCUUUGUUGUUUGAAUAUAUAUGGAAACUUCUAAUUUUUGGGUCAAUAUUCGAUCAGGCUACUAAACUUUACUUCAGAGGAGCAAGAGUUCUUGUUGCUAUCAUCGAGGAUUUCUUAGAAAAAGGAAUGAAGAAUGUUGAAAAUGCAUGAUUUUCUCUUAUGUUUUUUCCUCCAACUUCGACUGUAUUCUUACUUGCUAUUGUUAACUUGAGUGUUCUUAUGUAGCCAUUCUGUCUGGAUGUUCAGCCGGUGGAUUAGCAUCGAUUUUUCCUUAUUAUCUAUAUUUUGUUAUAGAACGUUAAGAAGACUUCCUUCUU